GCUCCCCCGUCCGCCAUGUCCGCCCGUCGCUGAGUCCUCCGGCCCGCCAGGGGGCGCCCGCUGCACUCCCGUCAUGCACCGCGCGCGGGGCCUGUGGCGGGCCGGGGUCGCCUGCGCGGGGUCGCGGCCGCUCUCGGGGGGUCUCGGGGCGGGCUUGGGCCCCGAGGCCGAGGCGGACUCAGCCCUGCUCCGCGCCAGCAGCCCCGAGCUGGCCCAGCGGCUCCGCGGGCUCGCGCUGGUCCGGGGCGGCUUCGUGAGCGAGGAGGAGGCGGUGGAGCUGCUGCGGGAGGUGGAGCCGGGGCUGGCCCGGGGGCGGUACCAGAACGACCACUGGGACCGGGCCAUCACCGGCUACCGGGAGACGGAGCGGGGCCUGCGGGGCGGCGCGGGGCGGGCGCUGCUGCUCCGGGUGACCCCCGCCUUCCCCGCCCGCCGCCCGCCCCGGCCCAGCGCGCACGUCCUGGACCUGCUGCCGGGCGGGCGAGUGGGGCCGCACGUGGACAGCGUCAAGUUCUGCGGCUGCACCAUCGCGGGGGUUUCGCUGUUGUCCCCCAGCGUCCUACGUCUCCGGAGCCUCCGUGACUCCCAGGACUGGCUGGAGCUGCUGCUGGAGCCAGGRUCCCUCUAUGUCCUCCGAGGUGCUGCCAGGUAYGAGUUCACCCACGAGAUCCUCCCUGAUGAGGAAUCGUAUUUUGGGGAACAGCGGGUGCCACGAGGGCGCCGGGUAGCCCUGAUCUUUCGCAACGACCCCCCCGAGACACCUCCGGACCCUCUCGGUGACCUCCCAGCAUUUAUUGAGGACCCCGACGACCCCUUACCCCCAAAAUGAGCCCCCCCAAUAAACAGUGAUCCCCGCACUUGGCUCAUGGGGGGCUGUUUUGGGGGAGCUUCAAGAAGGAGCCUUUGGGGAACCCCCAAACCCCCCCGAGCUGAUGGUCAGGGGGCGCUUUUGGGGGGAGGGACCCCCAAAACCCCCCCCCGACAGAUGGGGAGGAGUUUUGGGAGGUCCAGGGAAGGGGUUUGGGAAGGUAUUUUUGAGGGGGUGUCAUUUCUGACUGGCAAGGGGGGGUGGGUCAGGAGCAUUAUUUUGGGGGGGUCUCACCCCAGGCACGCGCAGGCCCCCGCCGAUAGCCGCGGUAGCUUCUGCCAGCGCAGCCCCGAGUCCAGGAACGCCACAUCCUCAUAGCGGGUGGGGCGGCAGCAGGGACCCCCCCCGGGSCCCCCCGGCCCCAGCACGGCCCCGAGCGCCAGCCCGUGCAGGGUGGGGGGCGCGGGGCAGCCGCCCCCGCAGUAGCGGAACACCACGGUCUCGGGGGAGGGGUACCCCAGACCCAGCGCCCCCACCCCCACCGAGACGCUGCGGAGCCCGCACAGGGCGGGGCUGGCCGGGGAGGGUGCGGGGGGUGCGCGGCAGAGGCCGAGCAGGACGGGCAGGAAGGACCAAGGGAGUCCUGGCCUCGCCAUCCUGAACAGCCCCCCUGAGAAGGUGCCCUGAGGGGAUUUAUGGGGUGUGGAGRGGGAGGGGUUUGAGGCAGGGGUGGGGGAGGAGGGGGCAUUAACCCUGACCUGCCCGGGGGGGCUGGAAGGGGGCACUGACCCCUCCACCCAGAGUACAUUUGGGAGGGGUCUUUAACUGGGGAGGAGGAGUUAGUGGGGGAUGUGGGACCCCUGAGAAUGCACCCAGGGGUUGGGGCAGGGGGGAGGAAUUUGGACAAGGGAGACCUCCCCAUGCCAGAGAGGGUGGAGUGACACCCCUGGGACCGCCAGACUUGGCGGGUAUAAUGGACACUGUCCCAAAAAAGCAGCUGGGGGGAUUGGGGUCUCAAUCCAACCCCCCUUCCCAAGAAGGAAGUGCCCUCCCCAAGUACCUGGCCCCCCCUUCCCCCAAAUGACUGGCCAACUCCCCAGGGCUAUUUUGGGGUGAAACUCCCUGGGGGAGGGAGGAAAUUUGCCCCUCUUCCCCAAAGGUAGAAGGGUCAUGUGGGGGCUCAUUUUGGAGGGGUCCAACACCCCCCUUGGGGGCUGGAACAUUCCAGCACCAUGGGGGAGGUGUAGAGCUGGCACCAAGUAGGGGAAAAAAAGCCUAAAAAUAGUAAAACAUCCUAGUUCUGACCCAAAAAAGACAUGACUGAGGAAUUGGAGGGGAGGGAGGAAGCCUCUUCCCUGCCUCACCAUGGGGAAAUUCCCGGGCCCCGCAAAUUCCUGGGGAGGGGGCAGGGAAAUGAGGAGUUUGUUAAUGGGAAUUUGGGAUGGAUGGGGGGCCAGUAAAUUGGGGAAAGGCAGGGGUCUGGAGCAGUGGGUGAGAGUUUGCAAAAUUGUGGGGGUCCUGUGGGAAUGGGAGAGGGGGGUCCUAUGGUAUUUGUGGGGGACCCUUCUGGAUUUCUGGGGUCAUUGUCCUGGAGCUGCCUCUAAAGGAUCUUAGAGGUCCCUUAACUUAAAGGACCCUGGAUUCCUGUGGGUGUCUUUGGAUUGGGGGGUUCCAGUUGUUUUUAGGGGGGUUCCAGUGGAUUUUGGGGUCCCUAUUUUUAAAGACAAACACAUCUAACACCCUCCUGUUUACCGGCUGACUGGGGGUCGUUCCCAAGGAUCUGGGUCCCAGGUGGCUCCCCUGGCUCCGCAGGGCCCUACUCCUUGAGGAAGAAGUGCAUCUUGUCUGCAAUGAGUUUCCGCUCGGGGUCGAGGCGCUUGAGCAGCUGAGCCAGGGCGUUGACGGUGGCGUCGCUGCUCAGCCCGGUGCGCUUGGUCUGGAACUUCUUGAGCAGGUCCUUGGUGGUCAUUGGCUUU